CCCGCAAUACCUCUGACUCUCUCUCUCUCUCUAAAUAAUUUUUGCUUUCUAAUCUACAUUGUGACUGUAAUGGUUUCAUGGAUAGAUGUUCUCAAGUAAUGGACGUGAAGAAUAAAGAGAUCAUAGAAUACUAUUAAGUUCUUUCCCGGGUGGUCGGAAAUGGGGAAGAAAGGUAGCGGAUGGUUUUCAACCGUGAAGAAAGUCUUCAAACCUUCCUCCAAGGACCUGCCGGAGAAGAAGAGGGAUAAUGUAGAAAAAUGGCAACACGAUGCACCAGAAGUGGUGUCAUUUGAACAUUUCCCUGCUGAAAGUUCUCCAGAUAUCACAAAUGAUGACAGUGAUGCGGCAUCUCUACAGAGUGAAGAUCAAAAUCAUUCUAUUGCUGUUGCAGUGGCAACUGCUGCAGCAGCUGAAGCUGCUGUUGCCGCUGCUCAAGCAGCUGCUAAGGUUGUGCGAUUGGCUGGUUAUGGACGCCACUCUAAGGGAGAAAGGGCUGCAACCCUCAUCCAAUCAUAUUACCGAGGAUAUCUGGCUAGACGUGCUCUACGGGCACUGAAGGGACUGGUGAGGCUACAAGCACUAGUAAGGGGGCACAAUGUACGUAAGCAAGCACAAAUGACAAUGCGAUGCAUGCAAGCAUUAGUCAGUGUACAGGCAAGAGUACGUGCACGCAGACUCCAACUAACCCAUGAAAAUCUUCAAAAGAAGGUUGAAGAGCAAGAAGAAAGAUUAGGAACGAGAGGGGAAGAGCAUAAGAAGAGGAGCCCAAUAAAGAGGUUUGAAACUGAAGGUAGGGAUAGUUGGAAUCAGAGCAUGGACAAAAUCAGAGAAAAUACCCUGAGAAAACAAGACACCUCAAUGAAUAGGGAGAGAGCUCUUGCCUAUGCUUUUACCUACCAGCAACAACCCCAACAAUUCUUGCAUUCAGAUCCAAAACGUGAUGUUGUUGGAUUAUAUGCCAAUGAGAAUGAGAAGUCACAGUGGGAAUUGCAUUGGCUCGACCAGUGGAUGGCAUCACAGCACUACCAUGUCCGUCCCAUGGGGCAAAGAGAGCGCACACUCACCACCACCACCACCACCACCACUGAUGACACGUCAGUGAAAACAGUUGAAAUGGAUUUGGUCACGCCACUCAGCUCAGAAAAUCUGAAUACAGGCCGGAUCAAGGGGGACACAGUUGAAUCAGUCCAGUAUUCAAAUCGGCAGCAAAGACAAGCAAGUUCGGAUGGUGUCCCUAGCUACAUGGCCCCAACCCAAUCUGCAAAAGCGAAGGUGCGAAGUCAAGGCUCAGCCAAGCAGUGUAGCCCACCAUCGACACAAUGGAACCUAUCAUCAAAGAAAGGAACAGUAACUGGAUUGAGCUAUGACUCAUCAAAUUCAGGUGGAGGAACUGCAAGUUAUCAAGUCCCAAGGAGUCCAAACCCAAGGCGUACUGCUGUUCAUGGACAGGGUAAAUGGAUUUCUGGGUAUAGCCCUGAUUCUAGUGGUGGAGAUGAAAGAGCAUUGCAUUUGGGACGCCAUGGCUGGAGACAUGAUUUUGGUUGACUCUGUGAAAUAACACUAGUAAAUGUGUGAUAUAGCUCUUUAUUUAUUUGAUUUAAUGGUGUUGCAAUAAGCUACUAUAGGGGUGGAAAUAUACUUCUUGUCCUGUUAUUUGUAUUCUUGCAUUUGGCUGCUUGUUUUUUUUUUUUUUUU